AUGGCAACGACGGCGGCGGACGGGCCCCCGGUGGAGCCGCAGUCCCUGAAGAAGCUGAGCCUCCGGUCGCUGAAGCGCUCCCUGGACCUCUUCGCCCCCGCGCACGCCCUCCUCUUCACGCCCGACGCCGAGAGCAAGAGGAUUCGUACCGGGUGCAAGGUGAGGGCGGAGUACGGUGCGGUGAAGGACCUGCCGCCGGAGCAGGGGCGCGGAGGGCAGGGCAAGGGUUCUGCGCCGCCGUCGUCGAUGGCAUUGGCACUGCCAGGAACAAAAGAUACAAAAGAUGGUCACAGAGAAGGCACUAGUAAUGCCAUUGUCCCUGUGCCACUUAUGCUGCCAAAAGCACCUGAGUCCACCAUACCUGGCAAAAAUACAACUCUGUCAAUUCCUGGAUCAUCUGACAGAUUUUCUACAUCUGCACUGAUGGAAAGGAUACCUAGUAGAUGGCCACGGCCUAUAUGGCAUGCUCCUUGGAAGAACUAUCGGGUCAUCAGUGGCCACUUGGGAUGGGUUCGAUCUAUUGCAUUUGAUCCAGGGAAUGAAUGGUUCUGCACUGGUUCUGCUGAUAGGACAAUAAAGAUAUGGGAUCUUGCAUCAGGAACCCUGAAGCUUACACUCACUGGUCACAUUGAACAAAUUCGUGGGCUUGCUGUCAGCCAACGUCACACUUAUUUAUUUUCUGCUGGUGAUGACAAACAAGUAAAAUGUUGGGAUCUUGAACAAAACAAGGCUAUUAGGUCUUACCAUGGGCAUCUGAGUGGUGUUUACUGCCUAGCUCUCCAUCCAACAAUUGAUAUCUUACUGACUGGUGGUCGAGAUUCAGUUUGCAGGGUGUGGGACAUCAGAACAAAAGCACAUGUUUCUGCUUUAACAGGGCAUGACAACACUGUCUGUUCAGUGUUUGCUCGGCCUACGGAUCCUCAAGUUGUCACUGGUUCACAUGAUACAACUAUUAAAUUCUGGGAUCUUGUAGCUGGGAGGACUAUGUGUACCCUUACGCACCAUAAAAAGUCUGUCCGAGCUAUGGCUCUUCAUCCAAAGGAGAAAGCAUUUGCAUCAGCGUCAGCAGACAACAUAAAGAAGUUUAGCCUUCCCAGAGGCGAAUUUCUGCACAACAUGCUGUCACAGCAGAAAACAAUUAUCAAUUCAAUGGCUGUAAAUGAGGAUGGUGUCUUGGCAACUGGAGGGGAUAAUGGAAGCCUGUGGUUUUGGGACUGGAAGAGUGGCCAUAACUUUCAACAAGAUCAGACUAUCGUCCAGCCUGGAUCACUGGAGAGCGAGGCAUGCAUAUAUGCCCUGUCGUAUGACGUCAGUGGAUCAAGGCUUGUGACUUGCGAGGCGGAUAAGACCAUAAAGAUGUGGAAAGAGGACUUAACAGCGACGCCAGAGACACAUCCCAUCAAUUUCAAGCCCCCAAAGGACAUCCGAAGAUAUUGA